AUGGCGAGCCGAGGCAACCUAGGUCCUUCUAGCGAUGAAGAACCUCGUAGAGAGCGAGAUCUUCGCGACAUAGAGAAUGAUGAGUUGCGGCGGCAAGUCCAAAAUCUUAUCGAAAGGUUGGUUCGUUAUGAGCAAAACCCGAGUGAAGAGGAGGGCGGCACCACUGAAGAAGAUCGCAACACCUUCCGUGACCAAAGUUUACGUCGUGGUAGAAGGAGCAACUCUUCUUUAUCUCACCAACAUCGUCAUCAAUUUCGAUUUCCAGACAUCAGGAUAAACAUUCCUGAGUUUGAAGGAAAAAUGCAACCCGACAUCUUUCUAGAUUGGCUUAACACUAUUGAGCGAAUCUUUGACUACAAAGAGGUCCCCGAUGAGCUUAAAGUGAAGAUUGUAGCCAUCAAGCUUCGAAAGCAUGCAUCAAUCUGGAUGCGAACCGUGGAGGAGUAUACUGAAGAGUUUGACAAUCUUAUGGUUCGUUGUGGUGUAGCAGAGGCCGAAGAGCAAAUAAUAGUUCGUUACCUUAGCGGAUUGAGGCGUGACAUCCAUGAUAUGGUACACCUCCAUUCUUUUAUUUCUCUUAAUGAUGUUAUUAAACUUUCUACUAAGGUGGAACGUCAACUUCAACAACGGCGAGAAAAGGGUUUAACAAAUGCUCCUGGAGGCCGAAAUUUCAAGCAUGAGGGCAUUCCUAACCGGGGGAGUGCAUCGCAAUCUCAUUCGUCUUCUACAUCCAAGCCAACCACAACGGUGAAAAAAGAUGCUUCAUCUUCUUCUCGGCCAACAUCAUCUCGACCUCAAUGUUUCAAGUGUUCUGGCUAUGGGCAUAUUGCUUCUGAGUGUCCAAAUAGAAGAGUGGUUUCUCUUGCUGAAGAAGGUGAUGGUGAAGAAAAUGAGUCAGAUUCUAUAUAUGAUGAAAUUGAAAAAGACAUCACAUAUAGUGAUCAUGGUGAAGCUCUUGUGGUCCGUCGAACCCUGAAUUCAGUACGAAGCAAAGAUGAUCAUAUGUGGCUCCGGCACAACAUCUUUCAUACUCGAUGUACGGCUCAUGGCAAAAUUUGCAAUAUCAUUAUCGAUGGAGGAAGUUGCGAGAAUUGUGUCUCAGUGGAGAUGGUGGAAAAGUUGAAACUCAAGACAGAACCUCACCACCACCCAUAUUCUCUUUCUUGGCUUAAGAAAGGAAAUGAGGUAAAAAUUUUCCAACGUUGCCUUGUUCAAUUUUCAACUGGGAAAAAUUACCGUGAUGAAAUAUGGUGCGACGUGGUUCCUAUGGACGCUUGCCAUUUACUUUUGGGGAGACCAUGGUUAUUUGAUAGAAGGGUUGUUCAUGAUGGAUACAAAAAUACUUAUGCAGUCUUGAAGGAUGGUGUCAAAAUAACCCUUGGGCCUUCAAAAAUGGACAACACACCCAAACCCAUUAAGGGAGAGGGAAGUACCUUUUUGUCCAUGGCAGAAUUUGAAGUUGAAAUUCGAGAAGCCUCCCAAGCAUAUGCUCUCAUAGUGGUGGAAUCUAACCCAGAAGGCAAUUUGUUGCCACCCAAGAUUACUUCUUUUUUGCAGGAAUUCCGAGAUGUGACUCCCGAUGAAAUUCCUUUUAAUCUUCCACCAAUGAGAGAAAUUCAACAUUGCAUUGAUCUUAUGCCAGGUGUAACUUUACCAAACAAGGCGGCAUAUAGAAUGAGUCCCAAGGAGCAUGAAGAAUUGCAAAGACAAGUGAACGAGUUGGUGGCCAAAGGUUUGGUACGUGAAAACAUGAGUCCAUGUGCGGUUCCUGCCUUACUUGUCCCCAAAAAGGAUGGAACAUGGCGCAUGUGUAUUGAUAGCCGAGCUGUUAACAAGAUCACCAUCAAAUACCGUUUUCCUAUCCCUCGGCUAGACGACAUGUUAGAUCAACUUGCCAGCGCUUGCAUCUUCUCCAAGCUUGAUCUUCGAAGUGGCUAUCAUAAAAUUUGCAUGAGACCGGGUGACGAAUGGAAGACGGCAUUCAAGACAAGAGAUGGACUAUAUGAAUGGCUUGUGAUGCCAUUUGGGCUCUCUAAUGAACCAAGCACAUUCAUGCGCCUCAUGAAUCAAAUCUUCAAGCCUUAUAUAGGUAAAUUUGUCGUUGUUUACUUUGACGACAUUUUGGUCUAUAGCAGGGAUCAAGAGCAACACUUGGAGCAUCUUAGACAAAUCUUUAUGAUGUUGCGAAAGGAGAAGCUCUAUGUCAACCUUCGCAAAUGCGACUUCUUGACCGAUAGCUUAAUAUUUUUGGGUUAUAUGGUCACCUCCAAUGGCAUCAAAGUUGAUCCUAAGAAGAUUGAAGCUAUCUCUAGUUGGCCGGUACCUCGUACCAUUCACGAGAUCCGGAGCUUUCAUGGGUUGGCCACAUUUUAUCGAAGGUUUAUACGACAUUUCAGUUCUAUUAUGGCCCCCAUCACAAAUUGUUUGAAAGGUGGAUUCUAUCAAUGGACUAUGGAGGCUCAAGAAAGUUUUGAGAAGCUUAAGGUAUUAAUGACAACGGCCCCUAUCCUUGCCUUGCCGGAUUUUGAAAAAGUUUUCGAGGUGGAUUGUGAUGCCUCUAAUGUGGGCAUUGGCGCGGUGCUUAGUCAAGAAGGACGCCCUAUUGCCUUCUUUAGCGCCAAACUUGGAGAUGGGCGAAAGAACUAUUCAACAUAUGAUAAAGAAUUUUAUGCUAUUGUUGAGGCUCUUCGUCAUUGGCGGCACUAUCUUAUGACUAAGGAAUUUGUUCUCUACUCCGAUCAUGAAGCCUUGCGAUUCCUCAAUACUCAACACAAGCUUAGUGCAAGGCAUGCCAAGUGGAUUGAAUUUUUGCAAUCUUUUACCUUCACCAUCCGUCAUAAAGCCGGAAGUCUCAAUCAAGUUGCGGAUGCUCUUAGUCGAAGACAUGCUUUGUUGUCAACCUUGGAGAUUAAGGUAAUCGGUUUUGAUUUCAUCAAAGAUCUCUAUUCUAAUGAUGAUUAUUUUGGCGAGAUUUGGGCUCGAUGCAGUAAUGCUCCUCAUGAAGAUUAUUCAAUUCAAGAAGGUUACUUAUUUAAAGGUAACUAAUUAUGUAUUCCUAAU